AUGUUCAAGUCUAUUCUUCCCGCACUAUUUAUGGCCUCGUGCCUCCCAACCGCCAUGGCAGCCACAUGCUCUGCUGUCGGCUGGAUGAGAGACAACUCGGUCAUUGUAACAGGCCCCCUGACUGCAACCGACGGGGUCAAGUUAUACAACCCAGACGGCGACCAAAUCGGCGAAAUGGACUGUUCUGAUGAGUGUCCCGGUGCCUGCACCGAGUUUGGCUGGGUUGAUGGCGAUGGCCUACAAGCGCGCUUUGGAUGGGCCGCCAGUUGUGACAUUAAUAAAUUCACGGAAUGCCACGGCUCCUACGAUAGCCAAUCCCAUAUUGAGGGCCAGGAUCCUACUAGUGGCACCGAUUUCUACGGUAUUGGAGUUACUUCCUCUUCUCAGUGCAAGAUUGAGUUUGAAUGGUAG